AUAUUGGGGACAAAGAAAUGAAGGAGGGGGAGAAGAUGGAGGAGCAGGAAGGGGAGAAGGAUGGAGGAGAGGAAAUAGAGGAAGAGGAAGGGGAGGAAGAAGAGGCGGAGGAGGAGGAGGAGGAGGAAGCCCUCGUGGCAGUCUUGAAAAUGUUAUGGGAAGACGAGGAAAGAGAAGCACUGAAGCAGCUCAUGAAGGGAACAUUAAAGCUGGCCUCGAGGGUUACACUGAAGCGGAAGGAGCAGAAAGAGGAGGAAGAAGAAGAAGAGGAAAAGGUCCUAAAGAAGUUGGAAAAGGAUAUGAGAAAAGAAAUGGAGAUGUAUCAGGCGACGAAGGAGGAGGAGGAGGAGAGAGAAAAUUCAGGGGAGGAGGGAAAAUCUAUCGAUCAGGAUACACUGAAAGCCAAGGAAGAACUGGUGAGUUAACUGAAGAAAGUCAAGGAGAGGAAGAAUUCGAUGCAAGAAGACAAGAGGGAAGUGAUCAAGGAGUAAGAACAAACGGAGGUGAUGGAAAUGGUGGAAAAAGAGGCGGAAAAUAUGGAUAUGAAGAAUAUGAACGAAAACUCAAGAGGAGAGAGCCCAUGAAACCGAAAAUGGUCAGAGGAGCUGGAGGAAUAGGAGGAAACGGACGGAGGAGAGAGGGAGGACAAGAGGAGGAUGCACUUGGAGGGGAAAACAUGAAGAAAAAAUAUCGGAAAUCAAACGUUCCAAUAAAGAGAAGAAUAUCAGAUGAACAAGGAGGACAAAUUGAUAAAGGAAACAGUGGAGAUGAAAAAUACAUCAUAAAAAGAAGACAUAGUGAAAAAUGGAUAAAUGAAGAAAUAAGAAACGGAAGUCGAAUACCCGUAAGAAGUAAAAGCGGAAGUUGGGAGCCAGUGAAUCCUUCGACGAGCAGCAGCGGGACAGGAGGAUGGGAAGGUGAGAGGUACGUGGUGAGUGACGGCGAGAGGAGGCGAUCUAACGGAGACGCCUACAGAAGAUACAGUAACGGACAGACUGCAGGAAGGUCGGGAAGAGACAGAAGCAAAGGUAGAGCGAACAAUAAGAACUUGGUAAAUGGUGACCUCCGAUUGAUGAGGCGAGGCAGCUACGACCCAACGAGCGAAAGAAACAAAUACAGGAAGCAAAAAUUAAUGAGGAGUCGAAGUAUGGGCAGGAACUCUAAGAGGAGAUAUGAAGACAGCACUGAACGUUGGUCAAGGGACGGUAUCAACAAUAAAAACAACAAAAAUAACUAUAAAAGGUUAGGGAACUCUGGGAGACUGAGAGGGGGACGAAGCGAAGACGAUGCCAGGCGAUUUAGCGACAGACGAAGAAGUUACUUGGAGUUUAGCCGAGGGAGGCGAGGGAGGGAUCUGCUGGUGAGUGGGCGGGGCGACACGAGUCUGGGAACAGGACCAUACGAUGCGGGGGAGACUGACUACGACGCGGUCCUCCUGCUCAGUUAUCAACAAGCGCUCAAGAGCACUAGGUACGGGUCGCCUCGGCAGCUGACCCGCAGCCUGAGUGAGGGCAGUGUGUACAGGAGGAUCGCGACCCUGGAGAAGAGACGUCAGUAUGGCCUCAUCAAGCGGUCCAAGAGUGCUGACCGCCUCCUCUACGCCCCGCACAAAUGGUACUACGACAGGAUCGCUCGACGCGAGGCGAAACAGAAGGCGCGCCAGGCCGAAGAAGAAGCCCGACUAGCAGCAGAGGAGGCCGGUGAGUCUCCGCCCGAGCUGCCCAACAUGGAGAUCCUGUCCCUGGACGCCUCCCUCUCGGGGCCCAUCGCGUCGCUCAAGGAAGGAGUCAUUUCAGGUAUGGAGAUCCAGAACACAAACGGCGCCCUCCUGGCUUCCAGACCCGACCGUCUCCAGUUCACCUACGAAGUAGAGGUGGAUGGUGAGGCCCUCGGGAGGAAGGUCGGGAAGCGGGGCGCGUGGGCGUCAGACACGGAGGGCGAGGGCGAGGGCGUAGCACGGCAGGCGGCCUCCCAGAACAAGAGUCCAGACAACCUCUCCAACCGGCUAGAUAACGUCCUGAAGGAGAAGGCGAAAGCAGAGGACCUGAGGCAGAAGCUCUUCAGCCAGGCCAGGGAACUGCACGAGAAGAUCCAAAGAAAACGAGAGAAGCGGCGUCAGGAGUGGUGGACGGCGUGGACGGAUGCGCGGCGGGAGGGCACGCAGCUGGAGGAGCGGCAGGCGUCCCUCCGGCGUGAACUGGACGCCAUGCACAGACGCAUCAUCGGCUCCAUCAUCAAGCGACAGCCGCUGGUCACGGGGGUGCGAGACGAGCCGUCCAGGAGGGCAAAUUACAAGAUCUCCAUCAUCCGCCUGAGGCACGAGAUUGAGGACCUGAAGCGGCGCGUGGAGGCCAUGCACAUCAAGGUGGAGGCCGAGAAGAAGCUGAGGAGCCACGCUGAGCAGGAGGUCAAGACGUUGAGAUCAGAGGUUAGUCGGAAGAAGGCCAACAUGGCACUGACACAGGCCCGGAGCAACAGUCUGCGACACCUCCCGUUGUUGCCGCACGACUUGGUGGUCCGCAUGUAGGGCCGCCGCCACCUUCUCUUCUCUUGACUCAUCAGAUGGACUCUCAGGUCAUCUCGAUGCCUCAAGUGCCUCUGCUCGCCUUGUGCUUCGAGAAAGUGGUGGUGCAUGGGGCUCUGUUGUGGUGCAGAGCAGAACAGUAUCCAUUCACUCCCCACGCUCGGAAAACUUUACGAAGUGUAUUUUUGCCUCAUGGUGGUGUGUUAUGUGGCGAUGGAGGAAGCUAAAGACGGCUCGUUGUUGACGAGGCUUCCCUCGAACUCAAGUAACACAGAUGAAAAAAUAAAUUGUGCCUCAUCCUCAUGCAGUGCCUGUGUUAUGGUUUGAACAGAAGUAACGAAAUGAUCACUCUCGCAGGUUCACAUCAAUGGUCUGAAGAAUAUGUCUUAAGACUUAAGUAUUCAAUAGACAAAGUGAACUUGUGAGACGUGGUCUGAUGAACGGACCCCUGACGCCUACAACCUCCCUUUACAUGAUUGAAUGAUUGGGGGCCACAGUGACCUUUUGUCUUUGGCCUGUUCAAUAUUCAGAAGGGGUGAACUUGUACAGAGUAACUAUUUUUACAGUCUCGGAGCUGGUCAAACUCUCCUGCAGGCGGGCUUGCAGUAUCUCGUGUGUUUGGCCUCGUCCUUGCAGUUCGCACAAGCCAGGUGGCCGCCCCUAGAAUGUAGCCAGUUUAUUACAGUGAGUCUACUCUGAAUCUAUUUUGUGAAACAGAGAUGGUUAUUUAAGUGUAUUAUACUUUAAAAUAAAGAUGGAUGUCUCUAG